CACACUACAGAGACGGAAGUAGACUGUUAGCUGGACUGGAACGUCACACAGGACAGAACAUGUUGAGUGUGAGUGUACUGUUUUCGCUGCUGGCUUUCCAUGGCUGUGCAAGUUUUCCAUACAGAGUUGAAGAUCAGCACAGAACAGUUCGGAAUUAUGAUUACACAAAAUACCAUAACAUGUCUGAGAUCACCGCCUGGAUGGAUCAAGUUGUAAAGGAGAACCCUGGAGUUGUGACCUCUGAAGCGUAUGGAAAGACAUUUGAGGGCAGAGAUAUCACUUUUCUGAAGAUUUCAGUGGCAAACCCUGAUGGCAGGCAGAAGAAGGCUGUUUGGAUGGACUGUGGGAUUCACGCCAGGGAAUGGAUCGCUCCUGCUUUUUGCCAGUGGUUUGUCAAAGAGAUGUUACAGACAUACAGAACAGAUGAAAAAAUGAAACAAAUGGUUCAGAACUUGGAUUUCUAUGUGACCCCAGUGCUGAACAUUGAUGGAUACAUAUACACUUGGAUCAAUGAGAGUACUAGACUGUGGAGGAAAUCCAGAUCCCCUCCUCCUGCUGACUGUACUUGCCAUGGUGUCGAUCUCAACCGCAAUUUCUAUGCUAACUGGGGAACGGUUGGCGUCUCUACUGACUGCUGCUCCAACACUUACUGUGGCCCAUCACCAGUGUCUGAGAAAGAGGCCCAGGCUGUGACUGAGUUUGUUGGGAACAGGACAGCUGAAAUCAUCUGCUUCCUGACAAUCCAUUCGUAUGGACAACAGGUUCUGCUUCCAUAUGGGCACCCACAUGUCGCAGCACCCAAUCAUGGUGAACUGAUGGAAGUAGGUCUGGCUGCAGCAAAAGCAAUGACAGCCGUUCAUGGGAUGGAAUAUGAAGCAGGAACUCCUCCAGAGAUACUCUAUGAAUUCUCAGGAUCCUCUCAGGACUGGGCACGGCUAAUUGGAAUCCCCUUCUCCUACACGUUUGAGCUGCGGGACAAAAGCGAAUUUGGCUUCUUGCUUCCAGAAGAGCAGAUCCAGCCAGCCUGUGAGGAGGCUUAUGCAGGAGCUCGGCACAUCAUCACCCAUGUGCACGAUAAAACCUUCACUGAUGGCACAGAUUCAGGAGCUGUGUCAGUAAGUGUGACCAUCUGGGUCUCCAUACUGACCUCCUGCCUCACCACCAGUGUCUUAGUGUAGACAGAAUAUCAUAAGAUCCAUAUUAUUACUGAAUGUCUGGUUGCAUUCCCAAAACAGUCAAUAGGCCAAAGUUUUUAGAAUUUUUUGAAUAGCUGUCAUCACACAUGCAAAAGCGAAGGAGACAGAAAAUGUGGGAGAGGAGAGUUUGUGUAAGCUCAUUUUUUGUUCAAGUCUUCUGUUAACAUCCUUGAAUCCUAAAACUACUGCCAUUGUUUGCUUAUGGAGAUUGCAUGGCAAUCUGUUUGAUUUUAUAAACCUGUUAGCAGUGAGUGUGGUUGAAACACCUGAAGUCAAUAAUUAGGUGGGGUGUCCAUUUUAAAAGACUGUCAUGGAAACGUAAAUACUAUGACUUUACAGCAGGGGGCAGGAUUGUCUUGUACUUGUGUAAACUGUAAACUUGAAAGCACUGUGUGAAAGGAUUGUCUUGUACUUGUCUGUAGUCUAAAAGCUCUAGAUUAAAUUACUUGCACUGGAUUUUAGAUUAGUCUCUCUUUUAUUAAUAAAGGGCAAUAAAAACAU